GACUAACCUCCCCACGCUACCCCACAUAGGUGCAGCGCUUCUCCGCACCUAAGCGCAGCAAAGCAUGCCCGUUUCCCCGAGCUCAUCAUUGACAAGUCUUCUGUCGUGAAGCCUGUCAAUUGACAUGUCUCGCACCCGUAGACUAAGCGAUGGCAUGCGUGAGGCUGCCACAGUUAUUCUCAAGGCGCUGGAUCAGUGCUAGCACGUGGCGAACCUUUGUUCGUGGCGUUUUGACGCGAUCUUAUGCUGAGGGUCCUUCAGAGCCUUCAUUGCUUGAACAGACCGUGGGACAGCAUUUCGAGUCGAUUGUUUCGCAGCAUGGCGACCGUCCAGCUGUCAUUUCAAGACAUCAGCGACGAGCGAUGACAUACUACCAGUUGGAUCGCGACAGUAAUGCUCUAGCUCGCGGGCUUGCUAAUGUCGGGGUAAAGAAAGGAGAUCGCUGUGCGGUCAUGCUAGGCAACAAUAUCGAAUAUGCCAUAGCAACUUAUGCACUUUUCAAGCUUGGUGCUAUCUUGGUACCACUCAACCCUGCUUUUAAUAGCACUCAAGUCCUCUCAGCCAUGAAUCACCUCUCCGCCGAGCACCUACUCAUAUCGACUGAGACAAAUCUGCCUCGAAAGCCCCCUCGGUCUAAUCUUGACCUUCUGCGGAAUAUAGUACCAGAUCUGCAUAAUAAAAAUCUCGAAUCUCCCACAUUACCUUCAUUGAGGAAUCUCAUACUGGUGGACAACUCGAAUGGGCGUUUUGAGGCGGAAAUAAAGCAGCCGUUGAUGUCUACGCGCUCCUAUCAGGAUAUUUUGGAAGAUGGACAACCUGGAAAACCGUUAAAUAUCCAGAAUUUACGAGCGGAUGAAGUAGUCAAUAUUCAAUUCACUAGUGGGACGACGUCGAUGCCUAAAGCCGCAAUGCUGUCACAUCGCAAUAUCUUGAACAAUGGGUACUUAAUAGGCAAACGCAUGGGAUUGACACCAGCGGAUGUCGUCUGCUGCCCUCCACCGCUCUUCCACUGCUUCGGUUGCAUAUUAGGCUACAUGGCGACUGCAACACAUGGGUCUUGCAUCGUGUUUCCGAACGAAGCAUUCGACGCAGAGGCUUCUCUGCGUGCCGUGCAGGAAUACAAAUGCACAGCGCUGUAUGGAGUGCCUACUAUGUUCAUCGCAGAGCUUGAAUUGUUGGCUUCGGGAGUUGUGACUCGUGAAGGUUUCAGUCAACUGCGCACUGGAAUUGCAGCAGGAUCAUCGAUACCAGCAGAGUUGAUGCGCAAGUUACACCGCGAGCUGAAUUUGACGGAGCUCACAAUUUGUUAUGGAAUGACGGAGACUAGCCCCGUGAGUUGCAUGACGACAACAGAUGAUCCCAUUGAAAAACGAAUAGACUCGGUCGGACGAUUGUUACCACAUACGAAGGCCAAGGUCGUAGAUCCAAAAGAUUGGACGCGUAUAUUGCCAAUAGGUGAACGGGGUGAAUUAGCUACAAGCGGCUAUCUCGUUAUGAAAGGCUACUGGGGUGACGAGGCUAAGACAGCUGAAGUGUUAGUCCCCGAUAAUGAAGGCAACAUAUGGAUGCAUACAGGCGACGAGGCGUGCAUGGACAGUGACGGGUAUGUUAAAAUCACAGGCCGCAUCAAAGAUCUCAUUAUCAAGGGUGGCGAGAAUAUCCAUCCUCUCGAAGUCGAAAACUGUCUUCUUUCCCAUGACCACAUCAAAGAAGUUUCAGUGGUUGGACUUCCCGAUGAGCGCUAUGGAGAGGUCGUGGCUGCGUUCGUGGUUCGAAAGCAGGAUGGCGCAGGGCAGCAAUUGACCACAGAAGAUGUAAGAAACUGGGUGCGGAAGCAGCUGAGCCAUCAUCUUGUACCCAAGUAUGUAUUUUGGGUGGAUGAGUACCCUAAAACUGCCAGCGGCAAGAUUCAAAAGUUCAAGUUAAGGGAGAUGGGAAUGCAGAUUUUGCGGGAAGGAAAGGGUAAUGCUGCUUUUUAGGUACCUUUGAUCUGCUGAGUGCUUCAACCAAUCGAUUAUCGCUGACGGGCAGCACGCGUCUAUUAUUGCUUCAGGAUUGAAUGACUGGCUCUGUGAGGAAUAAGACAAGCAAUUAUUUGAAAGAUCCGUAUAUGUAUAUGGCCAAUGAGUUCCAAAAUAUGUGCUUUUCAGUUAUAUAUCUGCUGGAGCUGUUUUCCCUCAAUAUUCCACUGGUCUUCAGUUGAAGCUUUUCGGUCAAGUAUAUCCGGCGGCUAACUAAGAUGCGGG